GCGCCGAAACAUUGGGAGGAUUCGCGCGCUACGCGGCGCCCCCGAAACCUCGGGGGAGCGCGGGAGGCGGAGCGGGCGGCGCCGAGAAACAGCGGCUGCGGGCAAGCGGCGGGAGCGAGGAACGCAGAGCCUGCCGCCACCGCCGAGCAGCCCUCCAGCCGUUAGGCGUCCGCUUGUCCGAGCGUCCUCCGCGGAUCGGCGGCGGGCCGGCGGCCGAACCCAUGCAGCCGCGCAGCGAGCGCCCGGCCGGCAGGACGCAAAGUCCAGAGCACGGCAGCCCGGGGCCCGCGCCCGAGGCGCCGCCGCCGCCGCCGCCGCCGCAGCCGGCAGCCCCCGAGGCAGAGCGUGCCCGGCCCCGGCAGGCCCGGCCCACGGGCCCCAUGGAGGGUGCAGUGCAGCUGCUGAGCCGCGAGGGCCAUACCGUAUCCCACAACUCCAAGCGGCACUACCACGAUGCCUUCGUGGCCAUGAGCCGCAUGCGGCAGCGCGGCCUCCUGUGUGACAUCGUCUUGCACGUGGCUGCUAAGGAGAUCCGGGCACACAAGGUGGUGCUGGCCUCCUGCAGCCCCUACUUCCACGCCAUGUUCACAAAUGAGAUGAGUGAGAGCCGUCAGACGCAUGUGACGCUGCACGAUAUCGACCCUCAGGCCUUGGACCAGCUGGUGCAGUUUGCGUACACGGCCGAGAUCGUGGUGGGGGAAGGCAACGUGCAGACUCUGCUCCCGGCCGCCAGCCUUCUGCAGCUGAAUGGGGUCCGUGAUGCCUGCUGCAAGUUCCUGCUGAGUCAGCUCGAUCCCUCCAACUGUCUGGGCAUCCGGGGCUUCGCCGACACACACUCGUGCAGUGACCUGCUCAAGGCGGCACACAGGUACGUGCUGCAGCACUUCGUGGACGUGGCCAAGACUGAGGAGUUCAUGCUGUUGCCGCUGAAGCAGGUGCUGGAACUGGUUUCUAGCGACAGCCUGAACGUGCCUUCAGAGGAGGACGUCUACCGUGCCGUCCUGAGUUGGGUCAAGCACGACGUGGAUACCCGGAGGCAGCACGUUCCUCGGCUGAUGAAGUGUGUACGCCUGCCCCUGCUGAGCCGGGACUUCCUGCUGGGCCACGUGGACGCCGAGAGCCUGGUGCGGCACCACCCAGACUGCAAGGACCUACUCAUUGAGGCUCUCAAGUUCCACCUGCUGCCCGAGCAGAGGGGCGUCCUGGGCAGCAGCCGCACCCGGCCCCGGCGCUGUGAGGGCGCUGGCCCUGUGCUCUUCGCUGUGGGUGGUGGGAGCCUGUUCGCCAUCCACGGCGACUGUGAAGCGUACGACACACGCGCUGACCGCUGGCAUGUGGUGGCCUCGAUGUCCGCGCGCCGGGCCCGGGUGGGCGUGGCGGCAGUCGGGAACCGGCUGUAUGCCGUGGGCGGUUACGAUGGGACUUCAGACCUGGCCACCGUAGAGUCCUACGACCCUGUGACCAACACCUGGCAGCCUGAGGUGUCCAUGGGCACAAGGCGCAGCUGCCUGGGUGUGGCUGCCCUGCACGGGCUCCUGUAUGCAGCCGGUGGCUACGAUGGGGCCUCUUGCCUCAACAGUGCCGAGCGCUAUGACCCCCUGACGGGAACAUGGACGUCGAUCGCCGCCAUGAGCACCCGGAGGCGAUAUGUGCGCGUGGCCAUGCUCGAUGGGAACCUGUAUGCCGUGGGCGGUUAUGACAGCUCGUCACACCUGGCCACCGUGGAGAAGUAUGAGCCCCAGGUGAGCUCCUGGACGCCCGUGGCCUCCAUGCUGAGCCGGCGCAGCUCCGCGGGUGUGGCGGUGCUGGAGGGGGCCCUCUACGUGGCUGGUGGCAAUGACGGCACCAGCUGCCUCAACUCUGUGGAGAGAUACAGCCCCAAGGCGGGUGCCUGGGAGAGUGUGGCGCCCAUGAACAUCCGAAGGAGCACACACGACCUGGUGUCCAUGGAUGGCUGGCUGUACGCCGUAGGGGGCAACGAUGGCAGUUCCAGCCUCAACUCCAUUGAGAAGUACAACCCGAGGACCAACAAGUGGGUGGCCGCGUCCUGCAUGUUCACGCGGCGCAGCAGCGUGGGCGUGGCAGUGCUCGAGCUGCUCAACUUCCCGCCGCCCUCUUCGCCCACGCUGUCCGUGUCGUCCACCAGCCUCUGACCCGUGGUGCGGCUGCGCAGAGACCCGCCCGCGGCCUCCCACGUGCCUUAAGCCCCCUGGGCCCAGCGCCUGCCUCCCCUGCGCGUGGGGCGGGGCUCGGCCCCCACCAGGAACGUCCGGGGCCGUCUGUCCAGUCUCCGCGCGUCUAGGCCGCGGCUUUCUGUGUUCCUUUCUCGGUGUUUGUUUGUGUGUGCCGUUUAUUUAUUCACUCGUUUAUUUAUUGACUGGUGGUGAGCAGGCUGCAGCUGUCAGUCUCUCCGUUUACUUUUAAAGUGUCCUGUCUCUGGGACCAAGCUGCCCUCCUGGGUGUCCUCCCACCGUGCUAGGGGCACUGGGGAGCGACAGGGUGGACACUGGCGUUGCCCGUGGGUAAGGGGCCAACUUGGACUCUCUAGACCUGGAGGGACUGAGAGGUGAUGCAGAGCACUUAUGGGGGGGGACUUUCUGAGCAGGUGCAGACCCCCAGCCUGAGCUGUGCACACCUCCUUGCCUCGCCCAGCCAGGCACACUCCCGGCGGGGGCGGGCACGAAUCGGGCUUCCUUCCCGUGGCUGUGGUGUCAUUUCUGGAUCCUGCACUGAGCUGGGCACACGUGCACCGCAGGCCGCAUACAGCAAUAUGAGCCCCUUGAACAAUAAACACAUUUCCUGGGCUCUGCGG